UCAUCAAACCAACCCACUUUAGAAAAGAUGUCAGAAUCAAACUCAAAAACUCCACUGAUCCAAUCUAAGCUUCCUGAUAUCAAACUAUCUGUGAAAUUGAAAUACGUGAAGCUAGGCUACCACAGCGAAAUCUUCCUAAACAACACAGAUCUUGAAUCCCUCAUAAAGUUUGCAUUUCUCAAGAGAUAAUAUAUUCAUGCUUCUUUCUUCUCAUUGUUACAUUCACAUCAGACAGAAACAAACUUGAAUCCCUGCCAUUUUUUUUCACUUGGUCCCAUUUCCACCUGGUCUCUUAAAUCCUUAGAAAAGAUGUCAGAAUCAAACUCAAAAACUCCACUGAUCCAAUCUAAGCUUCCUGAUAUCAAACUAUCUGUGAAAUUGAAAUACGUGAAGCUAGGCUACCACUACCUAAUCACCCAUGUAAUGUUCCUGUUUUUCUCACCUCUUGUGUUCCUCAUAGCAGCACAUCUCUCUACAUUUUCAGUCCAAGAUCUGCAUGAUCUCUGGGACCAUCUGCGCUACAAUCUGAUCUCCGCUGUCCUUUGCUCAGCUUUCCUAGUGUUCUUGUUAACCCUUUAUUUCCUAACUCGUCCUCGGCCAGUUUACCUUGUUGAUUUUUCAUGCUUCAAGCCUGCAGAUGCGCGCCCAUGCACGAGGCAGAUAUUCAUGGACUGUUCCAGUUCGACAGAAACUUUUACUGAGCAAAGCCUCGAGUUUCAGCGCAAGGUUCUGGAAAGAUCUGGACUUGGUGAGUCAACUUACCUCCCUGAAGCUGUUCUAAGAGUUCCUCCAAACCCAUCAAUGGCAGAAGCCAGGAAGGAAGCUGAGGCUGUCAUGUUUGGUGCUGUUGAUGAGCUAUUUGAGAAGACAAGGGUGAAACCAAAGGACAUUGAAAUUCUUAUUGUAAAUUGUAGCUUGUUUAAUCCAACACCAUCCUUGUCUGCAAUGGUUAUUAAUCAUUACAAGCUUCGUGGGAAUAUUCUGAGUUACAAUCUAGGGGGUAUGGGUUGUAGUGCUGGUUUGAUUUCUAUUGAUCUUGCCAAGGAUCUUCUCCAGGUCCACCCAAAUUCUUAUGCCCUGGUCAUUAGCAUGGAAAAUAUCACCUUGAACUGGUACUUUGGGAACGAUAGAUCCAUGCUUGUUUCAAAUUGUUUGUUCAGAAUGGGAGGAGCUGCAAUCUUACUUUCUAACAAGAGAUGGGAUAGACGCCGAUCUAAGUAUCAGUUGGUUCACACUGUUAGGACUCACAAAGGGGCCGAUGAUAGGUGCUUCUCCUGUGUAACACAAAAAGAGGAUUCCACAGGGAGCGUUGGUGUUUCUUUGUCAAGGGAUCUCAUGUCAGUGGCUGGGGAUGCUUUGAAGACCAACAUCACCACUCUGGGUCCUCUAGUGCUGCCAAUGUCUGAACAAUUGCUCUUUUUUGCCACCUUGGUUGCAAGAAAACUCUUCAAGAUGAAAGUAAAACCUUAUAUCCCUGAUUUUAAGUUGGCAUUUGACCAUUUCUGCAUUCAUGCCGGGGGAAGAGCAGUGCUGGAUGAAUUAGAGAGGAACCUCCAACUCACAGACUGGCACAUGGAACCUUCAAGGAUGACCCUUUACAGGUUUGGCAACACUUCAAGUAGCUCGUUGUGGUUCGAAUUGGCUUACGCUGAAGCCAAAGGGAGAAUCAGAAAAGGCCAUCAGUUGUGGCAAAUUGGAUUUGGAUCCGGAUUCAAGUGCAAUAGUGUGGCUUGGAGGGCUCUAAGGAAGGUGAACCCAGCAAAGGAGAAGAAUCCAUGGAUCAAUGAAAUUCACCAGUUCCCAGUUGAUGUCCCCAAAUUCUCUGCUAUCUAG